AUAACCCUUUAUAUUAUUUGGUUUUUGUUUUCAAAAUACAAACAAUUGUAUUUGAGUCAAAUCGAAUUCGCUUUUAUUACAAAGAGUUUAUCUACUAUUAGCCUAACAGAAAUAAACGGUUGAUAUUAUCGAAAUCUAUCUAAAGUAUCACAUUUGCACCAAAACAUGUACGUUCACAUGAAUGCAUUUUGUUUGUAAAGUUCUGCGAUAUCUAAAAUAUCUUAAGUACCUGUGUUCAAAAUCCACAUGUUCGCAUACAUGCAUACAUGUGACGUACAUUUGCAUGAGAUGCUGCUUGAAGUUCGUGCACGUGUAUUUUCGUUUGUCUCCCUACUCUUUCGCUCAAACAAAUCUCCGACGAACUGUCAACACAGCUGUUGAAAUGAUUUCGAAAUAGACGCUAUUUGGUUUGCCGGCAAGUGAGCAUCAUUGAAAUUCCAGUGGAAUAAAUGCAUUUUUUGCGUGUUGUAUGCAUAAAAAGUGUUUUAUUCCAUCGAAUUCAUUUGAAUUAGUUUGUAUUUUAAGUGUGAAAGAGUGUAGAUUCUUCGAAAAUGGAUUAUUAUGAGAUAGACCACGUAGAUCAGCGACUUGACGAUAUGCACGAUGAAUAUGAUAUUUAUGAACCGACCACCGCUGAAAUUUGGGCUACCUGUGCCUGGCCAUCGUUACAACAAAUUUUGAAAUACAGCCUGCCAUUCAUUUUCUGGAAUAUUGCUUUUCGAAUCACAACGCAAACGUUUGUCAUUCCACAUCCGCUUCAGCAUAUUUCCUCAAUAUUUUGCGGAUUGGCACUGUCCUAUUCCACACUUGGCACGGACUUUUUGUACAGUUUGGGCUUUACUUCAAUCGAAUACGUUGUACUGUUGGCUAUUCCACUCGCUAAGCAACGGAAAUAUGGCAUAAUUCUAACGUUAUUUUGCCUGGCGGCGCUAAUCACAGGGGAAAUUCUGGACUCAUCAGUUUUGACAUGGCAUCGAAUGCGUGGCACACAGAUGAUUGCUGCCGUUAAAAUAAUUUCGAUUGGUUUCGACAUUGACCGAAAAUUGAUACGAUAUUCGCCAAAUUUCUUGGAGUUUUGGGGCUACAUACUUUGUCCAGGGAACGUGAUAAUGGGCCCAUGGUGUGCGUAUAAUGAUUAUUUGAACAUUUUCAAUCGGACGAAAUGGUCAUUUGUGUGGAUAUUCCAAGUUCUGUUGAAUGCAUUCACUGCCAUAUUUUUCCUGCUCGCUUCCAACUGUUUCAUUGAGGCAUACGUUCCAGAUUUGAAUUCAGCAUGGGGAGCGGCGUACAAAGGAGCUCUAUCAUUCCGGUGUAGUCAUUACUUCAUUUGUUUCUUUUCACAUUGCACGAUGCUAAUGGCCGGCUUGACUACAACACGGCAAAAGCAGAAUCGAUUUUUGGGUUAUUCAAUCACAAGGCCAUGGUUGAUUGAAUUGCCGCGGUCUCUCGUUGAUGUUGUGGUUUCAUGGAAUCUCUCUAUGCAUUACUGGCUCAAAACAUAUGUGUUUCUGCAACUCAUACCUCACGGUCGACUCAAGGCGGUCAUACUUACCUACGUCAUAUCAUCGCUGCUGCAUGGCGUCAAUAUCCAAUUGUCCGCAGUGUUGUUAUCACUUGGCUUUGCUACCUAUGCUGAACACACGGUUCGCCAAAAAGUGGCCGAAAUUUUCGAUGCAUGCGUCUUAGCCAACUCCUGCACCGAAUGCACACAUCGUUAUAAUGGACGCAAUGUGUUGGUCAUGGCAUUCAAUUUAGGAUUUCGUAUUUUGGCAAUGCUUCAUUUGGCCUAUCUAGGAAUAUUGCUGGAUGGAUUUGUUGAAAAACCCGAAAUUAGAGCAUCGAUCAGAACGGUUCACGAACGUUGGAGCAAUUUGGACUAUUUAAGCCAUUGGAUAAUACUGCUUACAUUCGGCAUUGGCGCUAUUAUUUAGAUUUUCUCAAAGAACUUUUUUUGGAGAGAAAUAGAAGAAACAAACUUUACUGUGAUCGAAACCAUCUCGCCAAUUUCUAAUUAUUAAUCAUUUUAAUAACGGUAAUAACAUUUAAGGAACAUCUCAAAUUUAGAAAGAAAUCAAAAUCUCACGAUAGAAAAUACCCGUUUUUACCUUGAGUCUCAAUGUAACGAACAAACUACCGACAAAAAAAGAAUCAUCCUGUUAAUUUUUUGUAUUUUCUUUAUUAGUAUUUCUCAUGUUUCCGAUGUUAUAGAAUAGAAUAAUUGUUUCCAAAAAUUUCUUUCAAACUUUCUCCAAUUCAAUUAAUUUUGAUUGUAACAAAUUAACUCGAAAUGUCAAAUAACUAUUGGAUUCUUUUUUAUACAAUGAAUAAAACGGAUAUUCUUUUCUUAUGGAAGAAAUAAUCGCAAUAAAAUAAAUGGAAAUGUUUGAAUAUGUGGAAAA